AUGAUCAACGAGAGUACAAAGAACGUCAAAGGUGGCAAGCAGCAGCAACAGCAGCCACCUUAUGCACACGAAGAAUCUGCGGAUACCGUUGUGAGUGUCACACCCACUUCCGCGAAAGCAUCUGCAGUGAGUGCUGCUGUACAACUCCCCGGUCUGCUUCGGCAAGAACCCCAACGUAGUAGUUCAAGAGAUAGUCUUGGAUCUUUACAACAACUGGUCGAUAGGGGCGAUGAAGACUGCUCCGGUUGUGACAAACCGUAUAUCGAUGAAGAUUGGUCCAGUUACGGAGUUUCACCGCCCGUAAGAAGUCCAAGUUCGAACAGCUGCACAACGACUACUAAUUAUUUGAGACCGCGCAUGCAGUUUACCGGAUAUCAAAUCUCCGGUUAUAAAAAAUACCAAGUGGUCAUAAAUCUGAAAACGGUAGGUUUACCAACAUGCGGAGUUACAUCUGCGUCGCCUCAUAUUACCGGGUUUCUUACGAUCAGAGGGUUGACGAACCAACAUCCGGAAAUCACCACAUAUUUCGAAGCAUUUGCGGUUACGCACAGGGAAUUGGGAUUUUUAUCUUCGAGCUGGUCAAAGGACUCUGUGCUGAAUUCGUGCAGAGCCGAUGAUCAAACGGAUUUGGAGCACUGGUUAAAUUUUCCCGCGUUCAAAGAAUUAUUUUUACACGGGUCUAAAGAUGGCGCUCCGACUUUGAACGAUGUUAUAGACGGCACUUGUGAAUUUGACAAUUAUCUGGAACAGAGGUUUGUGUUUAUGCGCUGGAAGGAAAAAUAUUUGGUGCCGGAGGAUUUAUCCGACGGUGUGGAGGGAGCUUCUUACGAUGGAUUCUAUUACAUCGUUCACGAUCAAGUUACGGGAAAUGUACAAGGUUUUUACUAUCAUAAAGAUGCGGAAAAAUUCCAGCAGUUAGAGCUUGUACCGUCAUCCGAGACUGCGGUCGAGUGCUCUAGCUGUGAUUUUGAAAUGGCAUGA